AUGUCCCCCUUCUCCUUCUCCGCCCCCAACUCCCCGUUAUCACUAUCAGCCAGCGACCCCUCCGCCCCACCACCAGGAACCACAAAUGCCACCACGCCGGAAUCAACAGAACCCCCCUUGACCCCUGUUAACUCAUUACCAACUGCACCCCAAGGUUUCCCCAACCGCGUAUCCGAAGUACCGUCGUCCCAACUAUCCGACCUCUUUGCCCGCCUAGCGCCUGAACUAAUCACACCUCCACGUUUACCCCACCGCCUAGCUAUUCAGCUUAAAACGCCUCCCCCUUACCCUCCUCAACCUCAGACCUCCCCAGAAACGCCAAACUCCUAUGCCCUCCCCACCGUGCCUGGCGAGCCCCAGGACCCUGCACCUUCUAGGGGUAUGCACAGCCCCGAAACCCCCACUAGGAUGAGCAUACCUAUCCUAGCCCUGGAGCCCGCGGAAGACUCGUUGGGACCAUGGGACGCCGCUAAGGGUGAAAGGGAGAUCAGGUGGUUACUGGCCCAUCCGGGGUCCGGCCCUGAGGAAGCGGAUGACGGUGAGGAGCCGUGUAUAGGUGAAGAGGGCUACAAACCUAGGAUGAUUAGAGCCGUAAACCGCGCAUUGGAGAUCAAUGGCGCGCGUUUGAAUGAGCUGGAAAGCACAUUGAGUGUCAUGUACGAGCAUAUAGAUACGCUCGAGGACAAGAUCACCGGAGCUCGGAUUGAGCGUGAAGGUAUGAAAAGGUUUCUUAGGGAGUUGAAGGGCCAGGAUGCGGACCAGAUGGAUUUGGAGAGUGACAAGGGGGAGAUUGGGGAUUUUCGAAGUGCCAUCACCGGAGGAGAGAAGAUGGUGGCCAAGAGAAAGGCGGGAGAGGUGUUGAGUUCGAGUGAUGGAGAAGGUCAUAAGGCUGGCCGCUUUGAGAGCGAGAGCUCGGGGGGGUCUUCGGAGGCACCCACAAAAGGAGAGCAUGACGAUGCAUCUAAGCCGUCCGAUGAAGACAUGAAGGACCGUGGGCUUCUCAACGGAAGCAGUGAAAUCAAGGCCAAACCCCAAAGUGAAGGGAAUAUUAUAAUGGUGGGUGGAGCAGUCAAAACAGCGAAUCAAGGGACCAGUGAAUUCGUGGACGGUAAUGUCGACGGGAAAGAAACCACCCAGCCCAAACCUACCGAACAAAAGCGCCCGAAGACAAAAUACAGGCUGCGGAACCGGGGCGGCGAGUCCUCUAAGGCCAGUGGCGGGGGAGCUGCGCAGCCGGUUGUAGAGAAGGCGGGGAGUGGCGCGGGAGUGCGGGAUAGGUGGGCUUAUGAAGCCGGUGUUGAGCAUUCCACGUUCUCGUCGAUGAGGAGGGAUGGGGCGGCGGAGUAG